CUUCUAAAAGCGUCGUAGCAUCUCCUUCUUCUUCUUCUUCAUAGUUCAAACAGAGAGGUUGCGCACCAGGUGUUUGAUCAAAUGACACUUUGAACAAAGUCUUUCUGUCUUAUCGGUUUUGGUGUUGGAAUCUUUUGCAGUGUUUCCUCAUAUUUGUUUCCUCAAGCUCUGGACAUGCAGGAUGCCAUUCUAGGAUGUAAGGGAGAGGUUGCGCACCAUAUGUUUGAUCAAAUGUCUUACUAAACAAGGCUUUUCUGUCUUAAUCGGAGUGGUUAUGGUUGCGUGAUUCAGAUUGCAGAACGGGAAAAUGAUCACGAAAAGGUCUCUAAGGGGAAUGGAGGGAGCUCACGAAAAUUUUGGAGGACACUUAAGAAAGAUUCUGAAUAAUUCUACAUCGUUUUUCUUCACCAAUGUGGCAGAUAAUCAAGAGAUCUCGGUGCUGUGGAAAAUUUUCCAAAAAUGGGGAAAGGUAGUAGAUGUGUUUAUUCCCAAAAAACGGGAUAAUCAUGGACGAAGGUUUGGGUUUGUACGAUUCUCUGGUGUCUACGAUGUGAAAGGUUUGGAGAGGAGUCUUAAUUCUAUUGUCAUUGGAGCACGGAGGCUAAAGGUCAACCUCACUCGUCAUUCUCGAAAUGUGAGGAGUAACAGUCAUGUUGGUACGCGGAUGCAAGUUAGUAGACAAUGUGCCUCUGGCAGGGAAAUGCGUAGCCAUAGUGACUCAUAUGCGGACAAAUUAAAAGGACAAACCAGGUUCAACGCUAGGGAUUCAAAGGGAAAUACGGUGGUAUCCGCUAAGAGGGGUACUGAAUGGGUGAGGAAAAAGGAGCCUUGGGCUCAUCUUCAUUUCUCGGUGGAUGAUAAGGUAAUAGAGGAUUGUCAGCGAUCUUUGGUGGGUCGGCGCCAUCGUCAUAUCCAGUUAGAUACGAUACGUCAAGAGCUAUUACAAGAGGGUCUCCUGGAUAUUAAGGUGACAACGAUGGGUGAUGAUAUGGUUUUAGUAGAAUCGGAUGCUUGUGUUAAUCUUAAGGAUACAGUGUCACUAUAUAAACAACUUUGGGAGAGGUGGUUUUAUGAGAUAAUUGAAUGGCAUCCGAGGAUGGUCUGUGUACGACGUCAAACAUGGGUACGUUGUUAUGGCAUUCCCCUUCAUGCAUGGUCAGAGAAAUUUUUCAUUAAAAUGGUAUCUUCAAUGGGGGAUUUCAUCCAAGUAGACGAUGAUACACGACAGAGAAGGCGUCUUGAUUAUGCCCGAAUUCAAAUGAGUACGACGUAUAAGGCAUUGAUCAAUGAGGAAACACGGGUAUUGGUGAAUGAUUUAGGUUUCUCAGUGCGCUUGGUGGAGGAACAUGGAGGACAAUUUCUGACAACAGAAUGGUCCAGUGAUGAUAGCAACUCUGAGGAUGCUUCCGUCGAUCAGUCACUUAAUUUGGAGGAUGUGGAAAAUUAUUCCUCUGAGGAUGAUAGAGGAAUAGAGGAACAACCACCAGAGAUGAUGGACAAAGCAAGUAGCAGCGGUGAGGUCUCAUUGGGAAUUGCCAAUGAUGAUUAUGGUCAGAAUGGCAUUGAGGGGGUUACGAAAAGGGUGGAACACAUAGUGGAAGGGGUCAACGAAACUGCUAUGGAAGAUGGUAAAAGUACUGAGUCGGCCAUGGAAGGUAAUAACGUAAUUGUAGGGGUUAGUAACAAAGGCACUAAGAAUAAUCAUUGUGGGGCAGUGGGGAAUAAGAAGAAUCAUAUGGUGAGCCCGAUGAGGGAGGUAUGCGUUGACCAACAUGUCGCAGUAGUUGAUAAUGGUUUGAUUACCAAUAUGAGCAGGGUGAUUCGUGAAAAAGAAGAUGUGUCUAGUAGAGGGGGUGUUGUGGAGUGUCAUGAGCCAACUAUAAGAAAUAAUGUGAGAAACGCACUAAACAGAGCCAGAAAGAAAAUGCAGAUCCAAGGAGCACCUCAAGAUUCAUCAUCAUUGCCAAAAAGUUCUUUGGCUCCAGAGACUAGUGUAGGUGGGGGAAACUCUAAGGUGGUCCAUUCAAAUGAUAUUAAUGGGGCCAAUUCAGCUGCUAAUGCAGAACGAUGUUGUGAUGAAGCCAUGGCAAAUCGUAUUCUAUCUAUUUGCAAGAGUAUUGGAAUGGAGGUGCGUGGAAAUGAAGAUGAAGUGCGACAGAAGAUUAUAUCCAUGGAGCAGAGGGAUCGUAUGGCAUCGGUUGAUAUAAGGGGAGCCUCAUAUAUGCAAUGAAAGUUGGUACAUUCAAUUGUCGGGGAUUAGGGGGUAAAGUGAAAAGUCAUCGCAUAUCAGAGCUUAUUCGAUCUGAGGAGCUAGAUUUUAUUGCUAUACAGGAGACUAAAUUGGAGAUGUGUGAUACUGCUCGUUGUGCUCA